AUGGACGGCAACACUACCGAGGCGGAGCGGUGGCUGACCAUAGCUGAGAAGCUCCUAGCGUCACGUGAUUUGCACGGGGCCAGGACCUUUGCGAUACGAGCUCGAGAAUCGGCCCCUGUCCUAGCCGACCAAAUCCUUGCCGUGACCGACACUCUCUUAACCGUCCAAUCCAAUCCUCAAGACUGGUACGGGAUCCUGCAACUCGUUCCGUUAACUCAGUCCAUGGAAGUCGUGGCGAGUCAGUACAGGAAACUCGCCCUUCUUUUGAAUCCUGGGAAGAACACGCUCUCUUUCGCAGAUCAGGCAUUUCGAUUCGUUUCUGAAGCUUGGAAUGUGUUGUCGAAUACUUCUAAGAAGCUCAUUUAUGAUAACGAGUUGAGGUUCCUUCAGUUUGGUCAAGUGAGUCAUCUCAGUCAACGACAUCAUCAUCAUCAUCAACAACAACCACAACUUCAGCAACCGCAAACGCAGACGCUGUUUAUGCAACCACCACAACCUCCGCCGCCCAAAGAAACGCAAACGCUAUUUAUGCAAACGCCGCAGAGAGAAAGGCAAACGCAAGUUACGCAACCACUUUUUGUGAGUAGAAGCCCUAGAAAUAACAAUAAAGAUGGAAAUGCCGAAUUAGAAGGAGGAAGGCAGUUGGGUUUAAAUAAUAAUCCGCCGGAGUCAACUCGGCUGGCUGAGUCAACUUGGACGAGGCAGAUUAAUCAGAUAGGUUUAGCUGGGCCGAGUCAGAUUAAUCAGACAGGAUCAGUUGGUUCGAGCCAUAUUACUCGGCCCGAGCCAAUUCGGGCGAGCCAGAUUAAUCAGAUUGGAACAGCUAGCUCUACUCAGUUUAAUCGGACUGAGCCUACUCGGACGGGUCAGAUUAGUCAGACAGCAGUUCCUAUUUCUCCUCCUCAUCCUCCUCCUACGGAGCAUAGUCGGUCAGAGCCAACUAGUGUGACCCGGAAGACCGAUUCGACUCGGCCUAGCCAAGCUACCGACUCAGAGGGACCGACUUUCUGGACGGCUUGUCCGUACUGUUACGUUCUCUAUGAGUAUCCGCAGGUGUACGAGGAUUGCACACUGAGGUGUCAGACUAAGGAAUGCAGGAGAGCUUUCCAUGCGGUUGUGAUACCAUCGCCGCCUGUGAACGGAAAGGACACGUAUUUCUGCUGCUGGGGUUUUUUCCCAUUAGGAUUUUCGGGGAAUGAUAAGAACAUGGGCAGUAAUUUUCCCAGUUGGUCACCUAUUUCGCCCAUGUUUGCUUGCCCUAACAACAAAAAUGCUGGAAAACAAAAUAAUACCAAAAAGUCUGCUUCAAGAGUGUUUUAUGAUGAACAUGAUGUAUAUGUAGAGAUUUCUGAUUCGAGUGGGAGUUCUGAGCCUGAUGAUGAUGAUGAUGAUGAUGAAUGGCAGAAUGAGAGGAGAAAGAAAAAGGCGAAGAAAGCCAAAGGGAAAGGAUCUGUGGGGAGAAAUGCAAAGAAACCACUGAGUGAGAGAGUGAAGAAGGGGAGUAAUGAGCAAGUUAAUGUGGGUCGAGGUGGGAAUUUGAAUGGUGUGUCCAUGGCGCCAGAUGGUGUGCGGACUGCUGAGUCGAGCGGAAGGGGGGUAGUAAAUAGUGGGAGGAAACAGAUGGGAAGAGGAACGAAGGAUUUGGGGAAGUUGGAUUUGAAUGUGGAGUUUAGUAAUGAGGUGGAAGAGCCAGCACGAGGGAGGAGUGAAGGGAAUCAUGCUGGAUAUGAGGAGGAGGAGGAUAACAUUGAAGGGAAUGGGUUUUUUGAGGGUCUCGAUGAAUUUUUGAGUAGCUUGCCUAUACUGUCAGUCGUUGGGGAUGAUAAAGUUAGGGCUACUUAGUGAAGUUAGAAAGUUUGGUACAUAACCGUGAGACAUUUUUGGGUUGAAGAUUGACUAUUCUGUCCACCAUGAUACUUGCAGUCACAGGAAUGGGUGGUAAGUUUUCUGACUGGUUCUCUUUCUCCUUUGAGUCGUAAGAAUUAUUAACUAUGACAAUAAGGGUAUUGGCAUUGCCCCCCUCCCCCUCUUCCCCUUCAUGUGUUACUGCUUUUAAUAUUUUCUUUUGCCUCCUUUGAGGGCGUGUUUCGCCUCUUCUUUUCCCUCAUAAAAGGGAAAAGAUAAAAGGACUAAUGCUGAGAUAUGGAAGGUGGAAGUAUGCUUGGAAAUGUUGAAUUGAGCUAUUUAGGCUUAUUACUCUUGCUUUGGAGAAGAUUUCAAUGGACGGGAUUAAUAGCAGAAGAAGAUUCAAUUGUUAUGGACAUAUAGUUACCAAUUCUUUUGUGUUCGCGAAUCUGCUUUCUUUGUUCUAAGCAUGACUUU